UUCUCCACUUCCUGCUUUUUAUCAGGGAACAUCCCGCCCAGAAGCUGAGCGGGAGCCGUAGAGGCAAAGGCUACGAUGAUUUGCCUGCUCAAGGGGAGGAGGGAAACUUGGGCUGAGUCCGGCCUAUAAAGAUCCCCGGCUGGGUCGAGGCAGCCACAUUCCGGACAGCACCAUGAGCCGCUCAGACAUGCUCUGCCUAGCUGUCCUGUUAUGCCUGGGGGUGGCGCAGGGGGCAAAGCUGGGCAUCGUGAGUACCGAAGGCGGCUUGGUGGAAGGCGUGAACAAGAAGCUGGGCCUGUUUGGAGACUACGUGGACAUUUUUAAAGGCAUCCCUUUUGCAGCCCCUCCAAAAACCCUGGAAGAUCCCCAGCCUCACCCCGGCUGGCCAGGUACCCUGCAGGCCAAAGAGUAUAAGCCGCGCUGUGUGCAGAGCACCCUGACAGAAACAGAUGUCCGUGGCAGUGAGGAUUGUCUGUAUCUGAACAUCUGGGUCCCCCAGGGGAAGAAAGAAGUCUCUACCAACCUGCCGGUGAUGGUCUGGAUUUUUGGGGGAGGCUUCAUUUUCGGCGGCGGCCAGGGCCCCAACUUCCUGAAGAACUACCUCUACGACGGCGAGGAGAUCGCGACCCGUGGAAAAGUCAUUGUGGUGACCUUCAACUAUCGUCUGGGCCCCCUGGGUUUCCUGAGCACGGGAGACGCCAGCCUGCCAGGUAAUUACGGCCUUAAAGACCAGCACAUGGCCAUUGCGUGGGUGAAAAAGAACAUCAGAAAUUUUGGAGGAGAUCCCGAUAACAUCACAAUCUUCGGCGAGUCUGCGGGCGGUACCAGCGUCUCCCUGCAGAUGCUGUCGCCGUACAACAAAGGCUUGAUCAAACGAGCCAUCAGCCAAAGUGGGGUUGGUCUCUGCUCUUGGGCCAUUCAGAAGGAUCCUCUCGUCUGGGCCACCAAGGUAGCAAAGGAAGUGGGCUGCCCCGUUGACAACACCACUGUCAUGGCCAGCUGCUUGCGUGUCAGUGACCCCAAAGCGCUCACCCUUGCCUACAAGCUGAACCUCUUCAGCCUGAAAUAUCCGAUUGUCUAUUACCUCACCAUCGCUCCCGUUGUGGAUGGCGAUUUCCUUCCGGACAUGCCUCAGAACCUGUUCGCGAACGCUGCCGACGUGGACUACAUCGCUGGGGUGAACAACAUGGACGGGCAUUUCUUUGCUUCCAUUGACAUGCCCGCGCUCAACCGCCCGCUCGUGAAGAUCACAACGGAAGAGGUGUAUAAUCUCGUCAGGGGCCUGACGUUAGAGAAAGGAUUGACGGGCGCGAGCCAGGUCUUCUCCCUCUACACCCAGCUGUGGACGGACACGGUGACGCAGGAGGUCAUGAAGAGAACCGUCAUUGAUCUGGAGACCGACUACAUCUUCCUGGUCCCCACCCAGCAGGCGCUGGCCCUGCAUCACCAGAAUGCCAAGACCGCCAAGACCUACAGCUACCUGUUCUCCGUGCCGUCUCGACUGAUGCUGUAUCCCAGCUGGGUCGGGGCCGACCACGCUGACGACAUCCAGUACGUCUUCGGGAAACCCUUUGCCACGCCGUUGGGUUACCGGCCUCAGGACCGAACCGUUUCCGAGGCCAUGAUUGCUUACUGGACGAACUUCGCCCGGUCCGGGGAUCCGAACAAGGGGGAGCUGAAGGUGCCCAUCAACUGGCUCCCUUACGACACCGUGCGCGGCUACUACCUGGAGAUUAACAAGGACCUGAACAACAAUUCGGUGAAGCAAAGCCUUCGCGCUCAGUAUGUGCAUUUCUGGCUCAGCGCUUACCGCAGCCUUCCGGACGCCCCCGUCACCCUGGACCUGGAGUAGAACCAGCCUGGAAGCAGACAUCCCCCACACGGGUCUACUUGUACGAAAUCCGAAAGGCAGGCUCUGAAUAAAUUGGUCUCUUUUCUCGUGCACCUCUCGGGUGGCGGUGGUGGGUCGUCCCUCCUCCUUCCCACGUUCCUUACGCCAAAUGUUCGGGUGGCUGCUCUCGGCGGGCCUCCCCUUUGCUCGGUGGUUCUUGCGCAUGUAAAGGAGCAGCUUCCUUCAUAGGUCGGACGGUACGCAUAAUGUAUGGCAUAAAAUGCUAUGUCUUUCUCUCCCCCCCCCAGGCCUCCCAGAGGCAAUCCUUUGGCCCCCCCAGUUACACACAGACGUAAAUUCUCAAAACAUUGUUAUUUUAAUGAAAAGGCUAAUUACAUUGCUGUAUACACAUCA